CUUUCACCAUAGAUGCAUGUACAACAUCAACAGCCAAGUGAGACCCUUAAUCAUGGACUUCGACUUGAGUGACAUCUUGGAAUUAAACUACAGCAUUGCAGACUACAACUUCACUUUUCCCGACUUUCCUGACAUCAUGAGGCCCAAGAUUCAGCCUAUUCAGAUCGUGGCUCUGACCUUCUAUGCCCUUGUAGUCUUGUUUGGUGUUCCUGGGAAUGCCAUAGUGGUGUGGGUGACCGGUUUCAAAAUGCCCCCGUCGGUCACAUCCAUCUGGUUCCUCAACCUUGGGCUGGCUGACCUCCUGUGUUGCCUCUCGCUGCCUCUUCUCAUGGUGCCUCUCGCCCACGAUGACCACUGGCACUUUGGCCCGAUGACGUGCCCACUGGUCAAAGGCCUUUUCUACUUGGUGAUGUAUUGCAGCAUCCUGCAGCUUGUCUUCAUAAGUCUUGAUCGUUGGUUGCUGGUGGCCCGGCCCGUAUGGUGCCACAACAACAGGCGACCCAAGUAUGCUGUACUGGGCUGUGUUGCCGUGUGGUGCCUGGCCCUGAUAGGCAGCAUCCCUCAGUUCGUUUACACUCGGGAGAUCACAGUGGGCGAGCACAAACGUGAGUGUGUGACGGUUCACACAGUGCAGAGCGCCUGGCUCGUCACGUCACUCCGCUUCCUGCUAGGAUUUCUCCUUCCGUUCCUGGCCAUCAUCAUCUGCCACUGGAUGGUGUACAGAAGAGCCGACAGUAAAAUGGCACACAGCGGGAGUCGCUCCAAGCGGACGCUGAGGGUUAUUGUUGCCGUGGUGCUCAGCUUCUUCCUGUGCUGGCUGCCCCUGCACAUUGUCGACUUCUUGUUGUUGGUAACCCCUCGGUCUUCCCCUCACAGCCCAUCCGUGUACCUGGCCCAUGUUAUGACGCUAUGCCUAGCGUACUUCAACAGCUGCCUCAACCCACUGCUUUACGUUUGUCUGGGCCGAGGCUUCAAAAACACCAUGAACCGCUCCCUGUGCAACAUCCUGCACUUACUCAGCGAGGACCACACGCCCAGAACCAGCAUCGGUACUCAUGAAACCAAGGCCACAAGCUCUUCAGAAAAGGAGAUGACUAAUGUGUGAGAGGGUGCGUCAUUGGCAUAGGGAUCAACCUUCGCAAUGAAUGAAGUGGAUAGAACUUUCGUCAUCGCUUUAAAUAACCACAGUGAGCAAUUAUUAUGGCGCUUUCAAUGGGAAGGAACCAUAUUUGGUAAUGGCCGCCACAUGCCUCACUAUGAAGCAGUAAAAAACAAUUUUUAUGUUUAUUGUAAAAUAAUACUUCUGUUGUGUUUUUUGGUAAUACUUUAAUGUUGAUAUUAAAGUUGUGGCAACACAAUAUUUAUUUCUGUCAGUUGUCUGCCUUUCACAGAGACCAUAACUGGAUAUUAUAUCUUGCAUUCACUUAUGUCUAAAAGUCAUGUUUAAAUAUAAUAAAACACAACUGUACUAUUAUAGCAGUAUGAUUAUUAUUAAGUUACAAAGUAAAUAGGGAUAGAAGUAAAAUAAAAUAAAAUACAUUUUCAUGGGGUGAGAAUGGAUGGUAGAUGGGUAUAUAGACUCCUUUCUCAUUAGAAUUUUAUAUUUUUACUUGUGAGGUCUGCGAUUGGCUGGCAACCAGUUCAGGGUGUACCCCGCCUCCUGCCCGAUGUUAGCUGGGAUAGGCUCCAGCACGCCCAUGACCCCAGUGAGGAU